AUGUCGUCGUGGUGGAGAACAAAGACAUGGUCUUGACCGGUAGUCCCAAGAAAUUCCUCGACACCAACACCACCUGUGGCCGGCCAUUGGAUCGAUAUUUCUGUUAUAACUGUGGAUGUCCGAUCAUGUACAGAAGUGAGACUGUUUUGCCUGGAAAGUCACUCCUCAUGUUCGGUCUCUUUGAUGAUAUUCCCAAGCCGGUGGCAGAGGUGUGGACCAAGCGUCGACCUGAGUGGAUCUCAGCGACUUCAGAAGUUCUACAAUAUGUGACGGAUAUUCCUGACGAUGUGAGCGCAGAGGAGGCCAAGAAACUGGGCUGGUGAGUUGAUGGAUGUUGCAGAAGGGAUCUCGACCGAGCAGCACCAUAGCCCGGACAAAGUGAUUGAAUGUCAAGCCCGCAACAGGGACAGAU